CACAAUGCAGCACUUUCCAUGUGAAUCGGUCAAAAUGGCUGCUAAAUUCAGGAUCGGAGAUUUUGUGUGGGCGAAGAUGAAAGGCUUCCCAGCUUGGCCAGGGAAGGUUAUUGAGCCAAAGCCCGAAGUGAAGAAACCUUCAAACAAGAAAGUUCAUCAAUUUGUGUUUUUCUAUGGAUCUGAAAACUAUGCCUGGAUCCCAGAAGAUAGCAUGUGGAGUUAUGUCAACAACAAGACCAAGUUCACACUGUCCUCUAGGAUACCACGCGGGUUUAAAGAGGCAAUAGAAGCCAUCGAAGACAUCAUCAAGACCAUGCCAGCUACGGUUCAGGCCCAGGCAAUGGACUUGCCGUCUAUUGACGAGGAACUCGCUCAGAUUUUCCCUAAUCGUCCUUCGGGUAACUCCCCUCAUAGGGACUAUUCACGUGAGCCUCUCACAGGCGUUCGUAAAAAGAAUUCCAAGCCCAGCUUCCCUAAGACCAAGAAAGCCUUACUGGCUGUACAGAAUGGAACAGAUGUUAGUGAGUCUUCUUCAUCAACCACAUCAUCUUCAGGCCGCCCUGCUUCCACCAGGGUCAGAAAGGUUACCCCAAAGGCUGCUCUUCUCCCCAAAUCCAAGCCCAAAGAAAUCCCAGUUAAGAAGACUUUGUUAUCUCCAAAGCAGAACACAGAUGAACAGGCAGAGAAAAAAAAAGCUGCCAUAAAAAGAGUGUUAUCUCCUCCUUCACGGUCACAGCAGACGAAGAAAAACGUGUCGCCCAUACUGUCCAAUUUUAACCCGGACGUCGCUGCCUCACCAAAGAGCUCCCCUCUCAAGAUCUCGCCGGCCACAGCAGCUGCCGCGUCAGAAUUGUCCACCUCAGGUACACAGUGUGAGCAGGACAUCUUACAGUCUACAUCUCCAGGGAAACCUAUGGUACCCACGCGGCUAAGGAUAGGCUUCCUGGGGCUAGGCAUCAUGGGUCAGGGGAUGGUGAUGAAUCUACUGCUGUCAGGGCACGAGGUCAUGGUCUGGAACAGGUCACCAGUCAAGUGCCGAGAGUUUGUCAAAGAUGGGGCUUUUAAAGGGAACACCCCUGCUGAGGUGGUUAGUCAGUGUGAUGUGACAUUCUGCUGUGUCGCAGACCCGGUAGCAGCUAAAGAUGUUGUGUUCGGUAACUCUGGGGUAUUACAAGGUAUCACUACAGGGAAAGGCUACGUGGACAUGUCAACAGUGGAUGUAGAAACAGCAGAAGAUAUUAACGAGGCUAUCCGGGCACGUGGGGGUAAGUUCUUGGAAGCCCCAGUAUCAGGCAGUAAAGUUCCUGCCCUGGAGGGACAGCUCAUCAUCAUGGCAGCUGGAGACGAGGAUCUCUUCAAUGACUGUUACACAUGCUUCGAGGCCAUGGGCAAGAAAGCGUUUUAUCUGGGUGAGAUUGGAAACGGUGCUAAGAUGAAGCUGGUAAUUAACAUGGUGAUGGGUACAGUGAUGGCUACGCUAUCUGAAGGCAUGGCGCUGGCAGAGAAGGUGGGCCUGGACCAGGAGGAUGUGGCCGAAGUUCUCUCCCUUAGUGCGCUCUCCUGUCCCACAGUCAACCACAAGAGCCAAGCAAUACUAAACCAGAAAUACGACCCACACUUCCCAUUGCAACAUCAACAGAAAGAUUUGCGCCUAGCGCUCCAGCUUGGAGACAAGGUUGAACAACCUCUAUAUGUGGCAGCAGCUGCAAAUGAGUUAUACAAGAAAGCACGCAGGUUGGGGUAUGGAGAGAGUGACAUCUCUGCAGUCUUUCGAGCAGCCAGUGCAUGAAUGUAUCGAUACGUUAUGGUAUCACCCAUGUCAUUUGUUAUAUAACACAAACUCUUUAGAGACUUUUUGUUUUAUGGACGAGAGUAAGGCGUGUAUGUGUGGCAGGGGAGACAACCAAGCUGGCCACUUCCUUUUGUGGACUGAACUGGUGGGUUAUCUCCUCUUAGAAAAAAAAAAACUGUUCCAGCACAACGUGAGAAGAGAGAUUCAAAGACAGGAAGAAGUCAGCCAGUCAGAUUAUUUCAAGCUGACUUUAUUUGCUUGUGAGAUGAAUGAAGAUAAACUGCAGUGAAGAAUUGUACAUGUAUUUUAGAUAAAAGAACAGAUUGUUUUUUUUUAAUAACUUUACUUGUGUCAUACUGUUACCACAUUGUGAAAAAAAGUCAUAUGCAUGUAUGUGUAGAAUGGAGAUGAAAGCUAAGAGAUGGUCCUGGUACAUGUAGCAUUUAUGAUACUUUCAAAUUGUUUAUGUAUAUCAUUUAUAAACUUCUUUCCUUUUUUUUUUUUUUAUAAGAAGAGUGGUAAAUUAGUUUGUUUAUUCUCAUGAAAUGUAUUAUAUGGACCACCUUAGGCUGUCAUCUUCAUAUUUUAGCCAUGUCUUAAAAAUUGUCACUGGUGUCAUCAGUUUUCUGCAGCUUUUGUUUUAAUAAGUGCACCCUGGCAAAUUGAACGAUCAACUUACAUGUAUAAUAAGUGAGAUUCUUCUGUACAUAACAUUGAUGUUGUCUCGCUUGCCUCGUGCUUCAGUCUGUAAACUAUGGAAUUUUUUACAGUACAGUGUACGCUACAUUUCCAUUUACCUUGAGCACUGUUGUGCAUUACUGAUGAACUUCUCUCUGUUGGAUAUUCAACUGUUUGAUGCAUUACUGUGGAUAUGAUCUAGGCAGCAUGCAGCAAUUUUUUCAUUAUCAUUGUUUUUUUUUCUUUGCUUUCCAUUUCUGUCUUGAGAUUGAGAGUGAAAAGUAGAUCUGCUGAAUGGUCAGUGGCUUAGGGCAGGGGUGAUUUUGGGAGAAAAGACAGUAUUCUUUAAGGUCAUUGUUAUGUACUGCUGAUAAGGUGGGCCAUGGUCUACUGGUUAUAGGUGUCUGUGUUUCUGUGACUACGACUCUCCAGAGGUGGGUGUUGUUACUCAGCCCUAAUAGGAAUUUGUAGACUCUCCAGCUCUCAUUGCUUGUGGGGUCGUCAUGACAAAAAAGUGGUAAACAAGGAGACUGUUUGCACAGUUUAAGCAACGGCUUGUCUUCCACCAAUAUGGUGUGCACACCUACAUGUUCCAUGUGGGAAAGUUGAUCUCUAACAUGCCAAAAGUCGAUGGUUUAUUACAGGCACUCUUGGUUUCCUCCAUCUGUAAAACUUGCCAUUAAAUUUAAUAAAUGAAUAAAUUAGGGAGAUGAUCCAGGACAGCCAAGACUGGCCAGUGUGCCAUUUCUCUUGGUUGUCAGUACAAACAUAUUGUUCCUCUGAAAAGAAUUCUCAUUCUUUCUUCAGUGGCACAGAUUUUUCCAGGCUAAUUUGACAAUUUAGUUUGUUCUCAGUCCUUACACUGCUAACAUUUUGUCUGAUCAGUUUCAAAUUUACUGCAGAAGAUGAUGGGAUAUUGAAGAAUCUCUAAUGUAGCUGGUGCUGAGGAAGGUCACUUCAUUCCUCAGCAGUCUCUUACAGUUGGAGCCCAGUGUUGAAAGGAAGACUUGUGUGUUUUUAGCUGCGAUAAACAGCUCUAUACAUAGUUCAGUUUUGGUGAAAUUUUUGACAUCCAUUUUUUUUUACAUAACCUAAGUGCAAGACAAGGGUGACUGUACAGGAGGAUAUCACUCUACUGCAAAUUUGCGCUUGUUAUAUGGACAAAAGAUCUUUACAAUAAGCUGUCGUUAAGAACAAAUUCUUUUGCCUCCAACAGACAGUUCAAGUGAUGAAACCAGAUCUGCAGACUGUGGUGUGGUUUGGGCUGAAGGGUUUUGUACAUUCAGUUGCCUGUGUUUGUUAUGUUUUCUGUUCCUGUUUAUGUCUGCCUGUACAUGUUCCUCAGUCUCUUAAUAACAUUCAGCAGUUUCAGUCUUCUGGCUUACGAGAGAUAAACUCACUUAGUAGUUUGUAAAUUCUACCUUUCCUCAUCUUUCUUACCCAGACGUGUAGUAGUGUUACUGGUAUGUGAUGUUAUAACUGACAUAGAACUCUCAUAAAUACUUCCAUGUUGUUUUGACAGUCAUUUGGGGAUAUCACCAUAUUAUUACAGCAUGUAUUCAUCAUUCUCCAUCAAAUAAAAUAUCGUACAUUUACUUUUUA